AAUAGACCAGCUUCUGGCUAUGGCUUUGACGACGAGGAAUCCGACGAGGGAUCCGAUUCAGAAAGAUUACACCAGCUCGGCGGUGGCUUUCGUCAGCAGUGAUGGACCUGACAUCCAUCUUGGACUGGGGGGUGCGUCGAAGUACAAUUUCAAACAUGAUCAGUUUGUGGUCGCAAACUUUCACAGAUCCCUUGAGGGCCUUCUGAGGGAUUACUUGCCCAUGAACCUAGGAUUGGAGUUCCCGGAGAAUGCAAAGCAACUAGAACAGCUAUCUGCAAAGCUGGCAGGUGCCGAAGAGGGAUACAAAGACCGAGGCCGGGGUUUCUGGCAUUCGAUCUGGUACAAGAUUGGGGAAGCGGACGAUGUGGUCGACACCUGGGUUUCUCUCAUUCCUAACGAAUAUGGGCUUGCCGUUGUGAAGACUGGGCUUGCAGUGGUGUUCAAGCUUGCUGAAAGAUCUGCCGAGCGACGGCGGAGCAUCAUGAACACGUUUGUCGCGAUCCGAGAUGCUCUUGCGCGAGCUAAUCCAGAAAAUCGAAGUUUUCGCACCCACAAGGAUGUCAGCGCGUGUGCGGACCGUCUCACCCAGACCAUCAUCCAAUCCAUUGAGGAUAUGAUCAAGUUGACCUCGUCGAAACAGAAGAGCUUGCGGCGGUUGAGAAUUCCCAAGCUGGGACAACACAAAACAACGACACCUGCCCCGGAUCCUGUCCCGGAUCAAGAAGCGAUCUUGAAAAAAAUAAAUCAGGCUACCAAGGAGUUUGAGGACGCCAUCAAUCUGGCACGAGACAAUAUGAUUGAGGCCACUGGGUUCACAACGCAGGGCAUCGCCUUGCAACUUCCAGAAAUUCGUGCCGAUUUACGCACGGCGGGCAACCAGCUGCGGGUGAUGGAUCGCAAACGGGAUAGGCGAGAUGAAGACCAGCAGAAGAGCCUCCAAAAGCUGAACACCAUGAUGCAACAGGUUCUAGCGAGUACAGAGAAAAUUGCCAAGCGGGAGCAGGAUUUCCAGAUGGACCAGGUGGUGGCUCGAAGUGAGGUGGUCCAUUUCCUGCGUGAGCAUCUGAAAAAGGAAGACGAAAUCAUACGGCUUUGUCGGCAACAACAGAGAUACGCGGUCAACCUCGGUGUCAUCGUCAGAGAGGACCAACUGCUCGAGAUCCUCACUCUCGCCGCCGGAGAAUCUGAGCUGGCCCGCCUGCUACGCCAACCAAACGAUGACUUGCAGCUGGCGCUGAAGUACAAGGGCAAACUCAGUCAAGCGAGUCAGCGGCAGGUUCAGGCAGCUGUCGUGACGGACGAUAGGGUUCUGCAAUGGCUCCAUGGGCCUGACCCGGAUCUCAUCAUGAUCGAUGCUGCCAACGUCUCCCUCCAUGCGGGAAUGUCGAAGAUAUCCGUCAUCACAGUGUUUAGUGCCGCCUUCAUCACCAGCCUGAUUAAUGCGCGCCCGGACGACGUGGUGGUCGCUCACUACUUCUGCGGCCAGCAUGUUCGGGCGAAGGAUCCCUGGCACGGCCCCAACGGGGUGGUUCGCUUCCUCACAAUGCAGCUCCUCAUGAGCCUCAUGAAUAUCAAGCGGCCCAAUCUGAGCUUCAUCAAGACCUGGGACCAUUUUCGAAAACUUGAGGACCAUCACCUAGGGGCGACCUGCCAUCUACUGCACUCCAUCGUGGCACAGUUUCCCCCACACAUGACUGUCAGCCUGGUCAUUGAUUCCAUCUCGCGCGCCGAUACCUUUGGAAACUCCAACGAUCUUGAGGUCGUGAUGGAACGAUUUCAUCGUCUUGUCACCGACGUCUCACUCCGGCCCACUGUCAAGGUCUUUCUGACCAAUACGAUGCAAUGUACGCCGAAUAUGUUACAGUCAGACGUCUUUCAAGACGAUCCGACUCGUCUGGUUAGUCUGUACCCGAACAAGAAGUCGGUUUCUCAACCGGCCUUGUCGGAACAAGUGAUGGGUAAUACGCUGUUCGGUUGAUUAGUCUGAACUGAAAAGACUUGCCAUUGGUUGCUUAGUAGCGUAGAGCUCAUGACUGCAUGACGAGUAUAUCGAUUCCAAGCACACGGUAUAAGAGUACCAUUCCGAGAGCGUAAGUCGAUAUGCACUGAGUGACUAUAUUUUUUAUAUCUCCAGAAUAGGGUAUUGGGAGAAAGUUCUGGGCCUAGAAGAUGAGUUAGCAGAUGCGGUAAGAUUGAAUAAUAGAUAUAUAUCUAGGAGAUAAUAGGCAGU